UAUUAGAUUGCGUCAUCUGCUCCGGUGUGAACGUGGUACUGAGCGUCUGAAGUAGAACAUCAACAACACGAACUCUCGGUAUUAGACUGCGUCAUCUGCUCCGGUGUGGACGCGGUACUGAGCGUCUGAAGUAGAACAUCAACAACACGAAUUAGACCACAUCAUCGAAGAUGGUUCUUGUUGUGCUGUUUGUGCAAGCAAUUCUGGUUAUGAUUUUUUACGGUUGUGAAGGUGCUGUUGUUGUACGAGUUCCAUCACCAGUUGCCGAGAAGGGGUCAGUCACUUUAUUGUGCGUCACCGAUGAGACUGUGAUUCGAUGGACGAAAGGACCGAAUCAGACUGUUAUACAUAGUGGCAGGCUUAGACUCAGUAGUGAGAGCAAGGAGUUGGAUAUUCUCAAAGUACAAAAAUCAGACGAAGGCACCUACUAUUGUUACACCAACAACACAAAUGGCAUCAUACAUAAUCACCAUGGUAGAAUGCAUGUGAUUGUUCCACCGACUGUUCGUGCACACGGUGCGUUUGCACUCGAAGGCAAGAGUGUCAAUCUUCGCUGCACUGGAUCUAACUUUUUUACUGUUUCGUGGAGGUUUAAUGGUGUGGAGUUGUAUGGAAAGUCGAGUUCUAGAUACUCAUUUGAUGGUGACAGUGGAGAGAGUCUGACGAUAUUGAAUGUGACAAAGGCAGAUAAUGGAAUGUACAAUUGUUUGGCCUCAAACAUGCUAUUCACUGUAUCUGCAUAUGCAAAUCUUAUUGUCCAUUCUCUGAGUACAGACGAUGCAAUGAAGAGUUCACCAGAUUCUGAGAUAGUUGUACUCUCGAGUAAUGUCACUCUAUUGUGUGCAGCAAGCCAAGGACGAGUCGAGUGGAGAAAGAAUCAGCGUAUCAUUGACUUGUCGGUUAAUCCCAGAAUAUCACAACUCGGCAGUGGAGCAAUCUUGAUUUCGAAUGUGGAAUACAACGACAGUGGAGAGUAUGAGUGCUUGAUGACUGAUGGUAGUGACACCGUUGUGGCUCGUCGGGAAAUCUCGUUAACAGUUGAAGGACCUCCUGCAGCUCCAAUAAUUGAUCGUGUCGUGGUUGUCAAUCAGUCUUACGUACAUGUGGAGUGGUCAACACCCUUCCUUGCUGGCCGGUCGCCUGUUAGAUGCAAAGUUUGUGUUAAGUGCGGCAACCAAUCAGAGUGGAGAAAUACAUCUCUUCCAGUGUUGCAACGUUCUGCAACUGUGGGUUAUCAAGGUGCAUCGGAGUUGUGCUAUGUUGUCGUAGUAACAGUGAAUAAUCACGGAGAAGGGGAGUCUGAUAUUCGACAGCUACACAUGGACAUGAGCAAUACAAACUAUACAAGCACACAAUAUGAAGCAAGCAGCUGGAAGAUCACUCAUGAUGAUGCAUCAACAGCCAAGACUCUUGUAAAUAUUGAUAUCAAUGAGCAUGAAAAAUUGCAUGCUGCCAAAUCAGUAGACAUCGGGCCUGUCGUUGGACUGUCUCUGGCAAUUGGUUUGAUUAUGUCCGGAGUGAUUGUAGUUGUGGUCGUUGUUUAUGUCAGAAGAAAGAAGGGUGAUAGAAAAGCAAUGAGACACACUGGUGAUCAUGAUGAUGUCAUGGUAGACAACAGUCGACAAAGAUUAAUCUCAGCUAAUCUUACUCCUCAAACCGAGUCAAUCCCACCUCAAACUGACUGCACAGACUCAAACAGUUCUUCAUCAGACACAUAUACUGCAAACUGUUCAAACUGAGUGAUGGUUGUAUUCAACGUAAUAUGUAUGGAGGACGUAGUGGGAUGCAUGAAGUACACUACUUAUUGGUUGUUUAGAUUUGAAUGGUUGGUAUGCUUACAAUCAGUUUAGACCAUUAGUGUUAGAAAGUAAAUAAUUGACGUGUGUGUGUGUGUGUGUGUGUGUGUGUGUGUGUGUGUGUGUGUGUGUGUGUGUGUGUGUGUGUGUGUGUGUGUGUGCAUCUGUGUGUGUGUUUUUUUGUACUGAAAUAGCAAUUAGUAAAUAGUAAUUAUCAAUGUAUCAAUACCAAUAACUUGAAGGAUAGCUGGUCGUGA